CGCGCGCCCAAAGCGCCCGCGUGGGGGCACCGGGGAAGCGGCGGCGGGCCGCGGCGCGGCGGGCGGGCGCGGGGGCUGCGGCAGGCCGCGGCAAUUCUGGAUAGCAAAUCCCUGUUUCUCGCGGCCCCUGCGCCCGCGUGCCGCGGCCCUGUGAAAAAGGGCCCCUCAAUCCCCCACAACCACCAAGAAAACAUUCCACCCCGCUAA